CUAGUCAAUGCUUCUAGUUUUCAAGCUAUGUUUCAUUCUUUUUCUUGGCUUAUUUUUUCUUCCAAUUUUACUUCCUGCUAUGAUUUUCAUCUCAAUGUCUUUAAUCUUACUAUUUCCAGCUUGGUCUGUGUACAUGUUUGGUUUACUAUUGCCAGAAUUUAUGUAUAAAUGUCCUAAAAAGAUAACUGAGUUAUCAACUGAAGGAAAUCAUGGUCAGGAGAGGCAAGUUAGUUUUGAGUUGGACCCAUAUGAGUUUGCUAAUUUUGAUCUUAGUGAAUCAGAAGAAGAUGAAAUAAAAAUGGAUGAAAAACAUAGAGUUUGCAUUGAUCAAGAAGCAAAUCCAACACCAUUUCCUGAGAUUCGUGGACAAAAAUCGUUUGAUGAACUGAUGUCAUUUUGGAGAAGGCAAGUGGAAGAAAAGCAGUACAAAUGCCUGAGUCCACUCUAGUUCUUUUUCUUACUGUUUAAAUUUACUCUGUUAAGUUUCUAAAAACUUUAAACUGUAAAAAAGUUUGCAGUAAUAAUAAAACCAUGUUAUUUGUUCCAAAAGCAUAUAUGUGGGA